UAUUGAUCCAAAGAUAGAGAUUGAUGAUACAGACUAUCAUAAAAUAUUAAAGGAAGAAAUAGAUACUGAGUUUGGUGCUGUAGCAGAAAUAGAUAAUCACAGCAGGGAAUUUUCCAUGUUUUCAAUUAAAAAAGAGGAAAUUGUGUGCAGUAAUUAUACAGAGACGAACAUACUUCCAUCAUGCUUAGAGGAGGCUUUAUGUGCAUCAGUAAAUAAUGAGAUUCAGACUAAAGUGAGGUCUUUACCAAAAUUAUUCAAUAAAAUAAACAACAAUGGAGCUGCAAAUGUUAUAUCAUUUACAAAAAUGGAAACGAGAAAGGAGACUUUACAGCAAAGACCAGCUGAAGUAUGCAACCUAAAUGAUGGAGAGAAACCAUACAAGUGUAAAAUUUGCCCUGCUGAUUUCUCAAACGAAUCGAGUCUGGCAGUACACAAAAGUGUGCACACUCUAACAAAAUCCCAGAGGUGUAACAUUUGCUCUGCAGCCUUUUAUGACAAAACAAGUCUUAGGAGACACCAAAGAGUGCACAAGCUAAAAAAACCUUACAAUUGUAACAUUUGUCAUAUAUCAUUCGCUAACAAUUUAAAACUGGCUGUUCACCAAAGUGUCCAUGCUGGAGAAAACCCCUACCAGUGUAACUUUUGCCCUGCAGCAUUCCCUUACAAAUCACAUCUAGCUAGUCACAAAAGACAGCACUUAGGAG